AAUUGAUCUCAGUUGAAAUUCGUCUGCCGGAUGAGAAGGGAAAAACGUACAAUCUGUAACCUAUAAUUAUAAGUUUUUUCUUCGCUUCGCGUUCAGUUGGGCUUUCGAAGGCAUAUCGGCGGCAGGCGAACUGUGUUGGUACGUUAUACGAUACGAACGAGGUGCUUCGGCAAGAGACUGGAAGUAGUACUAUCGCGCGGUGAAGAAGAGAGCGUUCGUCGGGAAGGCAUUCGCGAGUGUUUUUGUGUGUGUGGAUGUAUGUGACGCACGUUCGGGUGCGCUUCGGCUUGCAGCAGCAAAACUUGGACACAGCCGUACUGUAGAGCGAGAGUGUGCGAAUCGAUUUUCGGGGGCCUUCGCGCGCCGCGUAUCCUCACCUUGCUCUCGCUCUCGCCCUCUCCACUGCGCUCGGGCCUACCCCGUCGCGCGUCUGCCUUGUUUCUCCGCACCUUGCCCGGUCCCGGAGCUCGGGACCUAAUGAACGCCAGUGAGAAGAGGACUUAAUAAUAGUGUUUAGAGUUUAAUUUCUGCUUCUCUCAUCAAGAGCAUCUCGGCAGCCGUAGCGGGCAGCAGCAGCUACAACAACUCUCGGAUGCUGGACUAACCGCGACCGACCGUCCAAUUUUGGUGGGUCCCUGCGAAGAAAAAUUGAACACCGCGCGCGCCAAUCCGCGGACCAACGAGAAUACGACGGCGCUCGGGCGGACAGACGGACGGAGUCGAUUAUCCGGUCCCGGGUAGAAUUACAUAGUGUUAAUCCCUCGUUCGAACGGAUUUUGGCGUGUUUUACGUGUACUUCGAAGAAGUGGCCCUUUGUUUUACGCCCUCUGCUCUGCUUCAACGUCCGCCAGCUAAGUGUAGUGUGUGCAUUUUGACCAACGUGCGAACCCAUUCUGACCCACUGUGUAUACUAUCCGCAAAUCGGUCGAUUUAAGUGUGCGGAAAAUGUGCUGCGUUAAAACGUCCGUAAUUAGUGAGAUUAAAUGAGCAAGCGUGUGUGGAUUAAAGUGAUAUACAAGAAUUGUGUGCAGAAGUACCAACUGCCGAGUACGAAUUGCUAUGAAGUGAGAUGAACAACGAGUGACCUCUUUGUCCCCUAUCUGGAAGAAAGCAGAAGUCCUUUUAGAACUUACGGGAUACCGCCGGAAGCAGAACGUGCCCCAUCGACGGAAGGGGAACCCCGUGUGAGCCCUCAAGAUGAUGGCCUCACCGAGUUUCAUGACCCAGUAUCAUAAUCAUCAUCAGUGGAACAAUAGCAGCCAUCAGACACAGCUGUCACCGCUCAACAUCCUUCCGUAUCAGUACCCGCCGCAGCCCCCGUCCGUCAGCAGUCUUGGCUCGGUGGCAUCGCUUGGUUCGGCGGGACUUUCUCCGACGCAGUCGAUCGCCUCCUCCAACGGUAGCGUCGGCGGAGGCGGAGGCGGCGGGUUGGGAGGAGGCACUGGUGCCGGAGCGAGUACGGCCAGUAGCAGUUUCAGUACGACCGGUGGAGGCGGUUCGAACGCCGCCAGUCCAGACACGGUGACCAGCAGCGCAGCAGCCGCCGCCGCUGCCGUUGCCGCCUCGUCCGCCUACGGGUUCGGCGCGAUGGUCCAGCAGAAUCCAGCCACCGCUGCGGCGCUGGAGAUGACCGCGAGGUCACAGCAGAUGCACUAUCCUUCGUAUCAAUAUCCGGCGGCUAGCUACUACAACAACAUGGCCGGGAAUCCUUGGUUCGCACAGGAGUCGAUGUACCAGGGAUGGCCCGGAGAGGCGUACGCGUUGAAGCUGGAGGAUUACUCGCACCAAACUCAGGCGCAGCGUCGCUGCGCACGUUGUACCUGCCCUAACUGUAUCAACGAAUUGUCCGGGCUGCCUCCGGUGGUCGGGCCGGACGAGAAGGGGAAGCGGCAGCACAUCUGUCACAUACCGGGGUGCGAGAAGAUCUACGGGAAGACGAGUCACCUGAAGGCGCAUCUUCGGUGGCAUACCGGAGAGCGGCCAUUUCUCUGCAAGUGGUUGUUCUGUGGGAAAAGGUUCACGAGGUCCGAUGAGCUGCAGAGGCACUUUCGUACGCACACAGGGGAGAAGCGGUUCACGUGCAGUAUUUGUAGUAAGAAGUUUAUGAGGAGUGAUCAUCUGGCGAAGCAUGUGAAGACACACGAGAACAAGGCGAAGAAGAUUGCCAAGAAAAGUGAGAAAGCCGAAGAGGCGAAGAUGAAGAAGGAGGACGCCAAGUUAGGGAAGGUGGAGUGCAGUGUGAAGCGGUUAGAAGUUAGUGAUAAGGCAGGACAGUUGACGGUGCCGAAGGUGAAGAAACUGAAGAACAGUGAACAGCAGGAGGACAUCAAUGCGAACAUUCGGAUGCCUCAGAUCAAGCAGGAGAAAGGGUAUGAAACCAGCGCGAGUAAGACUUUGUUUUCGGGGAUGGGAGAGUACGGUCAGAGUGGGGGUUAUCAAUCAACGGCAAUGAACUAUCACCAUCCGUCAUACUUCCAGAGUGCAUUUUUACAAGAAGCGAGUAAUCCGAGUAAAAACUUGUUCCAUAAUCCGUACUGCGAUAGCGGCUUCCAGAGCCGAACGAAUUUGUUCUCUACCUCGACGAAUAGCAGCAGUGGGUGUGAUUCGUUAGAUCGACGAAAUAGUAACAACGCAAGUAGUGAGGUUAGCAAUAGUCUAGUGAAACUGGAAGAGUACACCAACAGUCACGGUCUACUGAACAGCGACAACGGUACCGGCAGCGGCCAUCAGCAGCGAAGUAGCUCCAACAAUAAUCUACUACCUCAUUCGCAAGCUCAAGUGUACCACAUCCCAUCAGAAAUAGCGUCCAAUUACGCGGCCUAUUCGAACGUGAAGCUGGGAUCGGCAGCCUACCAUCACGGUCACCCCCACCAUCAUCAUCAUCACCCCCAUUCGCAUCACCAAGGCAGCGGCAACGGCGGUAGCAGCAGUAGUAUUUACGGUGACGUUAAUCCAACGUCGCACGGUGGUUCAACUGUCAACGAAUCGAACAAUAAUAACAAUAACGGUACCUCCUCCGCGGCAGCGGCGGCUUCAUCGGCAGCGGCCGCCGCCACGUACAACAUGAUGAUGAACAAUUACACGAUCCAUCAUCAUCACCAUCACCAUCUCAGUCAGCAGCAACAGCAGCAACCGCACCACCAACAGGAGAUCGAACUAUUCAAAUAACUGCGUAACUGUCAGUGUCAGAUGUGGCGGCGCUGCAAGCGACUGUCUCUAUUGUUCUGCGUGUGCGCAUUUUAGACGCAGCGCGUCUUUUGUAGCCGCCCGUCGAAGCAACCUGUCAAAAAUGUGAGAUUUUUGUGACGUUCCUUUUGUCUGCGCAUCCAAGUAGGCCCCUCGAACUCGAGCCGCGCACGGCCGGCUUUGUUUUUAAAAUGCUAACUUUCCUUCUUUUUAACUUGUAAGUAUCAUACGAGGCGAAAGCCAACGCGGCGCGGCGCUGAUGAAAAAUGUGUUUUUAGUCGGUUAGGAAAUAAAAAGCCCCUCUCUCCCGAGUGCCAAUACAAAAGCUUUAGAUUUUGUUUUUUUUUUCUCUCCGUUCGAGAGGAACAAACGCAGAAAAGAAACUGAAAACUAUUAAAUUAUGUCAUGAUUUAUUUAUGUUCCUACAAUUGUCAGCGGGCGAAAAGACGUGCGGAAAAUGUAAUAUACUCACAAAAGAAAAGAAAAAAGGGUGGCUUGAGAAACCCUCGCGUCGCGAGUGAGAGAAACGAAAACAAAACACACCUCGUAGGGCAGAAGAACAACGUGCUGCUGCGGACCUAACUAACCCAUACACUCAAUAGCCGAGCGAACCAUUAAAAGCGGUGAAAUUAGCAAUUGUAAAAUAUAAUUAAAUUUAUUUAUAUUUUCAUUAGUCUUGUUCAACGACGCAGGUUGAACUUGCUCGAAGUUGCUGCAUCUUGCUCUUACCCAUUAGUCAACAAACGGGUAAGAGUAGGAUGCAGCAACUUCGAGCAAGUUCAACCUACGUCGUUGAACAGGACUAAUAAUCAUCUCAUACAGCCGCUUGCGGUGCUGUCGUUUUUAUUCCCGGAGCUAGUCUCUCUCUCUCUUUCUCGGCGUCUCGGACCACUCUCUAGGUAGAAGAAAAGUAACUGCGAGCAAAUGUACGGCACAAUGCACAAAGCAGGCGACGAUCACACUAACCACUCACUGUAAGGGUAUGCGGUAUGGGAUUUUUAUUGUUGUCUUGAAGCGAUACGAAACGAAACGAUAUGCGGAACUUCUGAUGCUGUCGGGUGAUAAGGCGAAACAGAAUUCGAAAAUGUUUCGUGAGUGUGAUGCGAAAUCUGGCUUUACUCGGUGUUUUUCGUCAUGUUCUUUUAUCUUUCGCGGCGUUUGCGUUACGUUACGCCCCUAAUACAAGUUCUAUUAUUAGAAGCAGAUUUACAGGAUUAAUUUUAAGAAUCUUCCUCCAGGGGUUUCUCCAAGAUCUCCUCGAAGUGUUCUUUCUGGAGUUUAUCCAGGGGCUUCUCAAAGAGUUUCUCCAGGAACUUAUGGCGGAGUCCCUUCAGAAGUUCUUCCAAAUUACAAAUGCUCCAAGGUCUUACAAUUUUAUUUUUCUGAACUUUUAAUUUUUUACUUGAGUUUCUCAGGAAUUUCCACCAAAGGUUUGUUCAGAAGUUUUCUAAAAUUUUCCUAAAAAGUUUAUUUAAAAAAAUCUGAAGAUAUUUAUCCAAAGUUUGCACAGGCAAUUUCUUCGAUUCCUCUGCGAAUUCCACAAAGAGCAGAAACAUUUUUUUUCGGUAUUUUUCUAGAAAGUUUUCCGGAUAUUUUAAUGGAUUUUUUACGAGAGUUUUCCAAAAGUUUAUCAAAAAAAAAAAGAAAAAAAUAACUCCUAUUGAAGGAUUUUUUGGAAUUGAAACUACUAGAAAUACUUCUGUAGGAACUCCUGUCUGCGAAAUAUCUCUUAGAGGAACUCCUGGAACAAUUUCUGAAGGAACAUUUUUAGAUUUUGAGAAUAGUUUUAGGAAAGAUUAUUGCAAAAACUUUUCCUGAUUUUUCAAGGGGCUUUUCGGGCGAUUCCAGAAGGAGCUCCUGCAGAAACACCAACAAGAAUUUCUAAAGCAAUCACUGCAGUAUCAACUGGGAGAGCUUCUAGAAGAAUAUCUGCAGGAUCCUCUGGUGACAUUUGUGCCUUUUUAACUAGAAAAAAAAUCUGGGAUUAUUUUUAGAAAAAGUCCUGAGUAACCCUGCAGGGAAUCUUUGGUUAAUUCAUGGAAGAAUUUCCAAAGCAACUCCUGGAGCAAUUACAAGAGGUACUCCUUUAGCAAUGUUCCAAAAUAUUUCCCGGAUGGAAUCUUGCAGCAAUUGCUGCAGAAAGUUCUAAAGAAACUCCUAGAGGUAUUCCAGAAGUUUCUUAUGAGAACAUUGCAGGUUCUCGGAAAUCCCUCCUAGUGAGAUUUCUGUGGGAGUUUCUUCCGGGAAACUUUUCGUAAAUUUCAUGGAUUCAGCUUAGAUGAUCUUUAGAGAUUCCUCCAGAAAAGUGUUGCUUCUGAAAUUCCUCCAUGAAUGGUAAUGGGAUUGCAUCUCGUAGGAUUCCGCUUAGUUAUCUCUUAAGGAGUAUUUUGUCGGGAUUCCAUUACGUUAUUUCCUGAGAUUCUGAUAUGUUUUUAUUUUCAAUUUGCACAAGAAGUAGUUUAAGGAUUCCUCGACUCCGCCUUUUUCUGGAAUUUCUCUAGGCUAUCAGAGCUAGUAACUCAAGGUUUCAAAAUUUCAGCGCUCACUAUACUGCUCCCAAGGAAAUGACUUCACUAUGCGCCUACUUGAGAAUUUUUCCGCGAAAACCCCUCCAUGCAUUAUAAUUUCACGAAACGUUUAUGGAACUAUCAUGGAAGGAACAUCCUUGCUGGAAUUCCUUUUUUGUGUUUUGCAAGAAUUCAUUUUAAAAUUUCUAGAAAUUUCUCCAGUAUUAUCUCCAGGAUCAUUGCCCGACAUUCCUUUGGGGAUCCUUUGAGGACUUACAAAAAAAUCCUGAAUGUUUCAAAUAUUUUAAGCAAGAAAUCCUCUAAAGAUUCCUAUUAGUAUCCCUUCAAAAUACAUCCCUGUCCAUGGAUUUAAAAAAAAAUCCUUCAGCGAUUCCUCCGGAGAUUCUUUCAGGAAUUUCACCAGAAAAUUUCCUUGGCACUUCUUCAACAGUUUUCAAGAAAUUUCUCGAUCCAAGUAACGUUUUGGUGACUGUUUAGUCUUGUGGAGGUUUUGAGAACCGCCAUGAAACCUUAUGACUUUUAUAUUGGUUUUAUGGUGGUUCCAAGAUUCUCUGGUCCAAGUGUUUCCUCGGAAAUUUCUCCUAGGAUUCCUGAAUGGGUUCUAAAAAUAUUCAAGGAUUGCUACAUAAGUUCAUGCUUGUAUUUCUUCAAACAUUUCUGGAGAAAUUCCUCCCAAUUUUUUUCCAGGAGAUUUUUGUAGAAAUUUAACUGAAUAUUUUUCUAAAAACUUCUUCCAGGAAUUUCUCCUAACGUAUCUACAAAAGAUACAAUUCCUGGAGAAAUUGUUUUAUAAAGAUUCGGAGUUUGUUUCAGAAAUUACUGAAGUUAUUUCAUUAGGAUUUAGGAAUCCAGGGAUCCUUCAGAUUAAUUUUUCCAAAGAUUUUGUUUUUUUUUCUGGUUGAAGUUUAGUGGUUUUUGUGUACAAAUAUCUUCAGAUAUUGCAUAAGAUUUUUUUUUCUGAAAAUUCCUCUAGAGGUAUCUCCUGGAGUUCUUCUGGGACUCCAUCAGAAAAUCCUCCAGGGAUACCUCAGAAAUACAUUGAGGGAAGGAAAGAAAAUUUCACCAGUCUGCGGUUUCCGCAGAUUUUUUAAAAAGAUUGCUUGAGGAUUUCCCUACGUUUUUUCGGGAGUCUCUCCAGAAGUUAUUCAUGCAUUUUCCUUAAAAUUACUUACAGAGUUCUUCCAUAAGUCUAAAUAUUCUCCUAGGUAUUAUCCAAGGCGGGAAUUCGGGAAUUACGCAAGAGAUAAAUUCAGAUAUUGCUUCAGGAAUUGUUACUCAGCAUUCCAACAAAAAAAAAAAAAAUACAAAAUCAAGAAUUUCUUCCAGGAGUUUUUGAAGAUAUCUCCGGAAGUUUAUAAUGAAUUUCUUGAUAUGAUUUUUAUAGGGAUUUCUUGAGGCGAUCCUCUAAGGAUUUUUUUAAAGAAAUUACUUGAAGUGUACUUUAGUAAUUUUCAGGCAACUGCUGCAAGGUGAAGGAAUAUCUGGACAAAUUUUGCAGUGAUCUCUGAAGACAACCGAGGAGAUUUUUUGUAUUAAACCUGAAGUGCAAUUUCCAAAAAAAAGCUUGCACUUUUGCAGAAAUUACUGAAGGAGUUUUACAAAUAAUUCUUGGAGAAACUCUGGGAAGAUUUUUCGAAGCAAUUCCUAUGGGAUUUCUAAAGAGGUUUUUAUAAGAAUUUCUAAAAAAACAUGGAAAAAACUUUGAAAUUCUACUAAAAAGAAUUUCAAAAAGAACACCAACAAGAAAUUUUCAAAGAAACCCUGAGGGAGCAUAUGAAGAAAUCUUCAGUAGAAUCUCUUUUAUAAUCUUAUCUUGAAGGAAUUUCUGGAGAAAUUUUCGAAGAAAUUCCUGGGAUAUUUUGGACCGAAUCUCAGGAGGAAUUUCUUGAGAAAUUCCUAAAGAAAUACCUGAAGAAACUUCUCGGGAAACCCUUGGUGGAAUUCCUGGAGAAAAGUUAUUGAGGAAUUUACAGGAAAAUGCAUAAGCAUCUUUUAUUGAAAUUAUUGUUCGAUUUUUUAGCAAUAUUCUUGGAGAAAUCUGUGGACGAGUUUCUGAAAAAAAAAUACCGAAUGCCACGAGAAACGCAUAGAUAAGCUUCUGCAAAGAUUCCUAGAAAAAACUCGUGAGAUGUUUCUAAAGGAAUUUCCAUAGAUAUUCCCAAGAAAUAUUUUUGAAUGAAUUUCUUAUAGAUCCCAUGGAGAAAUUGACGGAGUUAGCCUUAGAGAGGAAAUGUCGGAUAAAUUUCUGGAGUAAUAUAUUGAGGAAUAUCUGGAGGAAAUCUUGAAGGAAUCUCAGUAUGAACUCUUGCAGGAAUCUUUGGAGGAGUUCCUGCCUACAUCACUGGAAGUAAUAAUACAAGUAUCACUGAAUGAUUUUCUGGAUGUAAUCUUGAAUAAAUUUUUGGACACAUUCUUGUGAGAAUUUUCAAUGAAAUCCCUAGAGUAAUUUCCGAAUAAAUCUCUGGUGGACUUUCUGAAAAUAUACCUGAGCGAAUUUCUGAAGGAAUAUAUGGAAAAUUUUAUGAAAAACCCGCGAAAAGGAUGAAUUGAAAAAGUUCCGGUUAGUUUUUAAACGAAUCCUUUGAAGAAUUGCAGAAGUUUUUUCUGUUGGUGUUGGAGAAAAUUGGAGAAAAUACCUGGCGGUGGCAGUUCUAAUUUGUAUGCUACGUUUCAUUGCAAAUUCCAGUAGAUUUUUCGAAGAAUUUCUUGAGAAGCAUGGGAUUUCUAUCAGAUGGAUUUCAGAAACUAUUACAGUUGUCGACUUUAUUCACCAUACCCACUCUUUUUUUAUUUAAGAAAACGCUCGAGAAAAGUUUUGAUAAAAAUGGUGGAAUGUAGCAAACUUUGUCUUGUAGAAUUCUUGGAGGAAUUUCAGGUAAAGCUUUAGGAAAAAAAAGUUUAACUUAAAUAUUCAAUAAAUCUUUUAAAGAAAUUCACUUGAAAUUUGAACUGAAAUUGUUCUAAAUCUUUGAAGAAAUUUGCUACAACAACAAUAUUUAGGGUCACCGUAGUGUAACUUAAAAAAAAUGAGAAAUUCAUUAAGACAGUAUAAAGUACAUUUUUUCCUGAAUGGCUCAAAAAAAAAAACGAAAUUCCAAUUUUUACCCAUAUUUUUACCAAAAAAAUCAUUGUUAUCUGAAUUUGAAAUUCCCUCAUGUUUUUACCCUUUUUACGAAAUUUCAUAGGACUUAUUUUGAAAUUUUUGCUAUUAAUCUUUCUGGAAUUUUCCAGAAUUGCCAUCCAGAUCAUCCAGACCACGGUUUACUUAGUCAAGAGUGCUUCAAGAAAUUUCUUCAGGAAACCUGCUUAAACCUUAAACAAGGUAUCGAUAUGACUUCUCAAAAGUAAUUCCUUGGAUUUCUUUCAAAAUUUUCUUCAAUUUUUGAUUUUUUAACCCUGAGAAACUUCCAGUCAGAAUCUCUCUCGCAAAUGUAUCCGGGAUUUUCCAGACAUCGCAACAAUAUCAAAAAGUAGUCUUGGCCAAAGCCAGAAAUACUUUUCUGGGAUCUAAUUAGAAGAAGCGCCGAAGUUCUUCUAGAUGGCUGAAAUGUUAGGAAUUCCCAAGUUACUUUUUGUCUCCUGAAGUCCUUGGUUUACUUAGUCAAAAAUUCUUGAAGAAAUGGAGAUGUUUCCCUGUUAAAACAUUAUACAGGAUGUCGGUGAGAUUUCCCAAAAGUUAUUACUUUUUAUACGAAUUUUAGUUUUUUUUCAAAUACUUUAAAAGCUUAAGAAAUUUCAAACCCCAAUCCUUUCAAAGAUCAUUUAAGGAAUUCUUUCGCAAUUCAUCCGUCGUUCAUCAUACAGUCGUGCGUUUGUUCGUGGAUAGUAUGAGUAACUCCAUCAAAAAUAUUGGAAUGUCCAUACAAAAACUUUCAGGAAUAAGAGACAAAUCAGCCAAGGGCUGAAAGUCUCUCUAAUAAAGAUAUAAAACAACUUCAAGAAAUUCGUCAAAUGUUUCUGCAGAAAUUCUUCUACACAAUGCAUUUUUUUUUAUUAUAUUCGGUUAAAUACCAGAUUUAUGGAAAAUUUUCCGAAAAACCUCAAAAGAAACCCAUAAAUCCUGUCCGACAGCCAGCAGAGGUAAUUCCCGAAUAAAUUUUUGUAGAUAAUCAUUGGUAGUUACAUCACAAAAGGUAUUGCCAAAGACUUCCAUAACUCAAAAGAAAUCAAAAUUAAAAGAAUUUCCUGGCAAAACUGGUACGUAACGUAGCUUUGGAUGGAUACGUGGCAGUGUUUUGAGAAAUUUUGAGAUUUUAUAGAAGUUUUUGUGUCUGACGCCCAGAAGAAUUGAUAACAGAUGUUUAAUGUAAUUUUUUUGAGAAAUGGCUAUCACUCUUUCAAAACUAAAAUUUUUGAAAAAUACUCACAGAUAUUGGAAGAUUUUUAAACAAAAUUUGUGGGAAAUAAUGAAAGCAUAGCUCCGGAGGAAACUUUUGAGAAUUUAGUGAAAGAAAUGCUCGUAGAGUUUCAAACACAACUCUUUAUAAGAAAUUUCUGAUACACCGAAAGAAAUUUCUUAGAGAUGUCCAAGUUAAUUUGUUUUUUUUUUAUAUGAAAAUCCUUGGCGUAUUUACUUUAUCAGAACCGUAUGCUGCUUACACUCUGAAAUGUUUAGAGGAAUUUUCGGAAAACCUCAAAUAAACCUCUUUCUAAGAUUCUUCUUUUGUGGAGUUACCUGAAUUAUGGAAUGAUGCAGAUUAAGUGAGAUUUCUGAAAGAGUGAUUCGGAAAUGAAUUUCAAAAUAUGUUGUUUCUAUUCCUGUAAAAAGCUUCUGGAAGACUUGUUGAAUACAUUCCUGAAAUUCCAGAAGCACUGUAAGGUAAAUCCUUGCCUUAAAUCUGGAAUGGUAGGAUCCACCAAAAGUUUUUCCGGGGAUUCUCUAGGAGUUCUUCUAGGAUUUCCGUUAAAAGUCCCACCAGGAAUUCCUGCGUGAGUUGCUUCUGAGAUUCUUCUAGGCAUUUCUUCAUCGACUCCUUCAGAAGCUGUUUUUUUUUCUGGGAACCCUUCAGGAAAUAUCAUGGGGAUUUUCCGCCAUUCGAAAAUUCCCCCAUGAAUAUUUAUGACAAUCUCCCACGAUUCCACUUGGUUGUCUUUCGGAAUUCGAUGAGAAGUUUUGUUUGGAUGCCUUGAAGAGUUCCUGACCCCAGAGAUUUCCUUCUGGGAUACACCCAGAUAUCCCUUUAUUAAAUUUCUUCUAGAGUUUCAUCAGAAAUUCCACCAAGAAUAAGAUAUUUUUAAGAAAUUCUUUCUGGGUUUCAUCCAACGAUUCUUUUCAAAUUUACCCAGAUGUACCAUCUUGAAUACUUCCACGAGUUCUUCUGCAGUUUUCUUCAAAACCGGAAAUUAUUUCAAAAUUUUCUUUUUUUCAACGCAUUUCUACAGAAUUAACCUUUGAGAUUCCUCAAGAAGUUCCUAUCAGAGGUUCUUUCACGAAUGCCCCUUAAAGUUUCUCUGGGAUUCUAUCAUGAAUUCCCUCAGACAUUCUUCCAGGAAAUCCUUCUCGGGUUCGUCCAGAAGUUUCUCCCGAAGCUUCUUCUGGGAGUCUCUCAGGGGAGAAUAAACUUUGAAUCUCCAGGAGUUUCUUCUGAUAAACUAACUGGAGCUUUGACUAGAAAUGCUCAAGAGGUUUCUGAAGGAAUUACUGAAUCGAAUUCUUGAAUGGAGUCCCAGAGAAAAUUUUCAGAGGAAUCCCUGAAUGAACCCCUUACGGAACUUAUGGGGGUACUCCUGCAGGGUUCCAUAGAAGGAUGAAUUCCUGGAGUAAUCCCCAGAUGGAAUUCCAGAUAAAACUUCAAGAAGAGUUUCUAGAAGAAUUCCAAGCAAGAACUCCUGAAUAGAUUCCCAGACAGCAUGUUUUCACUAAUUCACAGACAGUGUUCCUGGAGGAAUCCCCGGAACAAAUUCCUAGAUGAAGCCCCAGAUAGAAUUUCUGUAGAAAUGUUCAGAAGCAAUUUCUAGGCGAAUCUUCAGAAGAAGUUUCUGGAGGAGUCCGCAGAUGGAAUCCCUAGAUGGAAGUUUUGUGGCAACUAGAAGAACGUAUACUUAGAGAAGUAGAAGAUAUACUUAGAGACCAUGCUAUGAAAAUAGUGACUUAAAGACGUAAAAACUUGAAUCAUUUGUGCCACCCUAAUUGAAUCCGUCUUUCACAACUUUAUUUCUUCAUUCGGUUAUGAAAAACGGACCCGAUUAGAGUGUCGUUGCGAAUCCAGUUUCACUUACUAGUCCGCAGAAUCGUAAUUUGUUCUGUGGCAUAGCUGGUUUAGGUGCCGGACUAGCGAUACGGAGUCGUGGGUUCGAAUCUCACCAAAAGAAGAGUUUUUUUCACACAAUUAUCUCUUAAUUUACCAAUCAAACGCACUUUAGCUUCGAAUGCUUCAAGUUAUUACAUCUAUCACAGACUUUUAGCAGGAAUAGGGCAAUCAAUUAUUUGUCAGUGAUGUAAAGAUUGUGGAAAAGUGUCAGAAUAGCGACUUUUGAAACACUAAUAACUAGAUUUCUGAGGUGAGUUUUUUCAUGGUAGAACCCUCAACGUGUUUGCAUUUCCAGAAAAUUUACCAGUUAAAUCUCUGGAAGAGAGUUUUCUGUUUUUUAUCUUUGAAUUUUUUGGAGGAAGUCUCGUUACAAGAGAAAUUGUAGACAAAACUACUGGGAAGAAUUCCUGGCAGAGCAUAUCGAAAGCUACCUGAAGAAAGAAAUGCAUCUCAAAGAUGAACCUGAUUCCGCGAAGUUUCGUUUCGAGGCUUUAUUGUUAAAAUCAUUUAGCAUAUCGCAUACCCUUAACACUAACCAGCCAUUCUUCGACUGGAGUCUUGUGCGAGAAAAAAACCUCGCUAAAGCCACAGAGUAAAACACUAAAUUGAGUACCAGCGAGCGGUUAAAAUGUUUUUAUCCGCCAAUUUUCCCUCAUUGAAGCGUAGCCGCUAAACCUAAUUAAUUUGUUCUUGUCCACUUUUUUCCUCCGUGUCUAGCAGGUAGCCUGCUAGAGAAGGCGAGAGUGGGAGAGACACAGUUCCCGCGAGUAAUUGUAUAAAGACUAAUGCAAACAGAUCCAUUCUGCCGGCAAAGUUGGCCAUCGUGUCGUGCCGCAGCGCGUGUUAAUGUACAGUAAUUUAUAAAUUUUAAAAUUAAGUAGUGCAUAGUAGCAGCGGUCGUCGGUUGUUUCUCGUUUUGUUUUUGCUCAAAUCCAAUCCAAUUUUCUCGACUCACCGCAGCCGAGAAAACCCCAUUUGUACAUUUCCGUGUAUGUAGCUUUGAUUACCUUUCCAUCUCUCGUCCUGUCUCUUUCGCUCUCUGUUGUUCUGGAAUUGUACUGGCGCGGAAGCAAACCAAGCAAUAAAAUGUGAGUCACAAUAACAGCAGACCAGUCCCGUAAUGUCCCCGGAUGGAGUCCAACAACUGUGCGGGGACAAUGUAAAUAGUCAGUCCCAUCCCCCUUUUAGGGACGAUACUCGUACGUUUACUACUUUCCAAUCAAACGAAAACACAAAUUAGAAAUCUACAACACACAAUGUGCGUCGCUCUUGUUGCAGUUUGCAAACAACCGGCGCACUUUGACUUUUUACGCAGAUCAAUUGCAUAAUUAGAAGAAAGUAAACUCAGAAACUACAAAUCACACAAAAAACACAAAUCGAUGUAAGUUUACGGUACCUUUUAUGCGCGUAGAUGAUGAUACAAAGAUGACGAAAUUAAUAAGUAAAUAAAUAAAUAAACAAGAAGACGAAUGAUAAUGAAAUGCUGUUUUAUGAAAACCUCAAAAAGAAGUAAAAAAUAGUGAAUAAUAAUAUUAAAUAACGAUAAUGCAAAAAAGAAUCUCUUCGAUGUUAUAUAAAUAUAUAUUUAUGAAUUCCAAUUUGAAU